AUGUUCUCGGAUAACCGCACGCAUUCGUUUACGGUGCAGCGUUCAGAAUUACAGUCCAGCAAAGCCGGCGCCGUCCCGUACACGGACGGCCCUCUGAAGCCCCACCCCGACAUUUCGCCAGAUGACAAGGGGCUGAAAGAUUCGAGCACUUUCCAAACCUACAUCCUCAAAAUGACUUCUCCUCACAUUCCCUACCGCCUCGAUGGAAAGGUAGCCCUCGUCACAGGGUCUGGCCGCGGUAUCGGGGCAGCCAUCGCUACAGAGCUGGGUCGCCUGGGCGCUAAGGUCGUGGUGAACUAUGCCAACUCGCCCGAGUCUGCUGAGAAGGUCGUCGCCGGCAUCAAGGAGCUCGGAUCUGACGCCAUUGCGUUCAAGGCCGACAUUCGCCAGGUGCCCCAGACUGUAAAGUUAAUGGAUGACGCUGUCGCACACUUCGGCGGCCUCGACAUCGUCUGCAGCAACUCAGGCGUUGUCAGCUUCGGACAUCUGGGCGAUGUGACGGAGGAGGAGUUUGACCGGGUCUUCAGCCUCAACACACGGGGCCAGUUCUUCGUGGCUCGCGAGGCCUAUCGCCAUCUGAACGAGGGCGGCCGCAUCAUCCUUACAUCCUCCAACACCGCCAAGGAAUUUAGCGUGCCAAAGCACUCGGUCUAUUCUGGAUCCAAGGGUGCUAUCGAUUCCUUUGUUCGGGUCUUCUCUAAGGACUGCGGUGACAAGAAGAUCACCGUGAACGCUGUCGCGCCUGGCGGGACCGUCACCGACAUGUUCCAUGAGGUCUCGCAUCACUACAUUCCCAACGGAGAGAAGUAUACUGCGGAGGAGCGCCAACAGAUGGCUGCCCAUGCGUCUCCCCUCCACCGCAACGGGUUCCCGGUCGACACUGCCCGCGUUGUCUGCUUCCUGGCUAGCAAGGAGGGCGAGUGGGUCAAUGGAAAGAUUUUGACUUUGGAUGGCGGUGCUGCGUAG